AGGGCUUGUCUAGAGGAGGUGGGAUUUGUCCCAUAUGUCAACUGUCUGAUGGAGAGAAGAGAGGCACAGCACAGUGAGUGAAAGGACAAAGAGUGAUACGCAGAGAGAGACUGAACUGCAGGCAUGCAGCAACACGCGGCAUAUAUGUUUAAAGAGGCUGCAGCAGAGUGAGCUACUGAGGUGCGUUAAUUAUGUGAUCCUCUAAGAUGUGAGGUUAGAGAUCUGCCAGGCAUGCGAUUGGACAGUACUCCCAAAAUCUACAGUAUGUGACUUAGCAGUGGAGCUGACAGACCCUCGCCAUGCUCUCUCUGUGGAAUCUCUAUCUUCUCCUCCUCCUCUCCUCUCAACAUGCCCUUGCAUUAACUGGCACAAAUAUAAAGGAAACACAACAGAUAGACACAGACAUGAAAGGACAGCAUCUCACACAGCCCUCACCUUAUGGAUCUAGUUUAGCACCAGUGGAUCCCAUGUUUGGACCUGAGAAUGUUGAAUUUCUGAGUCUACCAUUGUCAUCGUCUGAGGAAUCAGAUAGACAAGGAGUGAUUGGUGAAUACACUGAUUUACAGGAGAGCACAGAGACAUCUCUUUUGUAUCUGAAUGAGAAGGAAUUUAUAUCCAGACCCUCACAAAGUGCUAUAGAAGAUGGAAUACCACCUCAACCUAUCCAGGAACAAACACCGAAGUAUCAGCCAGCUGAGACCAACCCUGGAUUUGUAUUAUAUUCUAUGCAGACUGGAAAAAAUCAGUCAAUUUUCUCAGCCUCACAGAAUGAGACAACUGAUAGUCCCUUACCUUUUCAUCUCUCUGGCUCACUUCCAUUAAACAGACUGGACCAGGACUCCACCUCACUGCUGUCUGCUGGAUCAGGGCCCAGCUUUGAACACCCUACUCAGCCAGUAGCGCCGGACAUUGGAGAUGGACCAAUUAAUACUACAGAUCACAUUUUACACAGAGGAGCUGUCAACAUGGUGCCAGAAAAAGAUGACUCCAGGAACAAUGAUUUGUAUGUCACAAAGCCUAGUGGCACACUCUUGCUUGAUGGUAAUGUGGACACAUCUGCCACCCCCUGCAAAACAACAAACCAGUCCUGGACUCCCACCUACCUGGACAGUUUUCCUCUUGAUGAGUCCCUGCACCCUGCCCUGGUUGUCAGCCCCGCCUGUGUCAUCCCUCUGUAUUCGGACUGGAACUCUGCCCUUGCCAUAUGGGGAUUUGCAUGGGAAGCAUACAUCUAUGGCCUAGGAUCUGUCUUCAUUGUAUUUGGCCUGAUCUCCAUGGUCUGCUUGUUGGGACUUCCACUGCGGUGUCCACCGGGGAGUCUCUACUUCACUCUGCUACACUUGUUCCUCUCAGCGUUUUCAGGGAUCCAGUCUUUCUGUUUGCUCUAUGAUGCAUACAAUCAUCAUGAUCAUCUUCCUCCUCUGGGCUCCCUGCUGCUCUCUGAGCUAUCUUUCCCUUGUUUGAUCUCAGCCUUCUCCCUGAUCUUCAACGUUCUUUCCUUGCGCUUACGUAUGCAUCUGUCACUCCCACUUGCUAUUUCCACCUCAUUCUCAGCCUUGCCCAAACCUUACCUUUUACUGUUUAUAUCACUGUUGCAUUUUGGAGUCUCUGUAGGAUGUGUUGGCGUGCUCCAUCUCUUCCACAACCUCCCCACCAUGAUCUUGCUGUUCCCCCAGUGUGUGUUUGUAUGUCUCACCAUUUUUCUCUCAUGCUCCUAUCUUAUCUUCUACUGCUUAAUACAAGUUGACACAAAACACAUCUACAGGCUGAAUGACAAUGAAGAGGGUGGAGGAUCACCUGAAGUGUUGAGACCUGCAAGCUGCCCCUUUGCCAAAGUGGAGGACUGGGGUAGGGCAGCAAGAGCUGGAAUAGGAGCUGCUCUGUGUUUGUUAGGAUGUGGGGGUCUACAGCUUUAUGGGAUCCUGCAUGCCCUUGGUUUGGGAGGGGUUAAUGGAAAUGGGCUCCAGCCCUGGCCCUGGUGGGGCUACCAGGUAGGCUGCAGACUCUGUGAGGCUGGGGUAUGUCUAGGUUUGUCUGUCAUUGGCACACAUCCUCUAUUCUGUCACAGCUCCUCCAUAAAGACCAUAACUCAUCCUCGGCCGGGAUCCUGGUCCCGCCUCUCCUGCAGUUCCCCUUCACGCGGGAUCACUGUGUCCUCUCAGGAAGGUGCAAAUUCUCCUGUCUUUUCCUCACACAAUUCCUGGUUCCAGGUUAAGCAAGAAAAGCUGGCGGUCUGUGAUGUCAUCACUAAAGAACAGUCUGAAGCUCUUCCUCUUUGUUCCAUGGUGGAUCCUCCUGGAAAUAGGUUAGACUGCUUCCCGAAAUCCAGCCAAACCCAAACUACUACCAUACUACCUCUUCCUACAUCCCCAAGCCCACCUCACAAGCCUAAAAGUGCAGAUGAGUCCCAUUUAUCAUCACUCGAUAGCCUAGGUCUAGAGAGUGACUCUAGUGUAGACCUGGAGCCUCCAUCUCCCAUAAACUUGUCCCGAAGUAUUGACCAGGCACUAUUCAGUGAAUCCUUAUUUUCUCAUAGUAUUUUUGGUUUGCCAAGGCUGUUACAUGCUUCUUCAAGCCUCUGUGUGAGCUCUCCUAGCCAAGAAACAUCAAAGCAGGGGCUCUGUUCUGUGGAAAAUGACAUAUACAGAACCUCAUCCUGUCGAGAUGUGACUCAAGAGAACACCUUGUCCAGUUCAAGACCUUCUCAGCCACAUAGCUCCUUGACAUCUCACAACAACUCACCAGAGCAGUGGGGCUGGAAAGGGAGUAUCUCUGGCUCAACCCAGGGUUUGUGCAGCCAUCCCAAGGUGACAGGAAAGUUUCGCUCACAUUCCUGGGCCAACAGAGGGCAAAACCUUGCUCAUAGCAGCUUUCCACGAGCAAUCCCCCACAUGUCAUACAACAGGCGUUACAAAACCCUGAGCUUAGCCUCCCAGAACAACCAGAGACCUGGGCAACUGGGAGGAACUAAACAUCUGAGUGAAAGUAGACAGCUGGACUUUGAUCUGGCUGUACAGUCAGAGUUUGUCAAGGUGUGUAAACAAAUUGAUGCUCUGAGUGUUUGCAGUGACACCGUUGAACUGUAAGAAGUUAUAAAAGUUAUAAAAGCUCAGAUGUGACUGGAACAUACAUAGCUUUGUGCAGAAAAGGUAGACUCUGAUAGAGGAAAAUGUUUACCUGAGCUAAUGAAAAAAGGAUGGAUAUAGAUCCAAUAUGUAGACCCAGUCUAUUUUAUAUAAAUAGUUUACCAUUGAUAUAAAUAUACACAACUUGAUUUUAAAUGCAGACUUCAUCAGACUGUGUUCAGAAGCUUCACUAUGCUCUUUUCUUCACAGUGAUGUUUGUAAUAUGUUUGAUGUUUGAAUAUAUGCUCAGUGAAAUGGGAGAUACAGUAUGAAUCCCCUCCCCAUUUGUGAUAGUAUUGGUUCAUCUACAGUGUUAAACAAUAUGAGGGAAUAUUAAAAUAAAAAAUUACUAUCUGUUGAAGCAUAAUAUUUUGCUGACACAUGAGCAGUACUUUGCUGGCCAUUAAGGUGCUGAACUAUAAACACGGGAUCAGACAUUUUGAUAAGGAUAAUCACCUUUAUUGGCCAAGUAUGUUACACACAAGGAAUUUGUUUCUGGUACAGAACCG